GCAGUAUUAAAUAAUUCAGCAUACUUAUUCUCCAACCACAGACUCACCGUCCGCACUUUUCUCUCAGUGAGCGUAAAUCGAUAUAACUUUGUGACUUUGAUUUACAGGUUGUAUUACUCGCAUUUCAAUUGAACAUGGCGGACCCUACCCGCAAGAAGGGAAAAGCCAGCAGCAAAGCCAAAGAUGAUGCGACAACCAUUUCCGAUCAACGUUUUGCUAAUAUCCAAAGCGACCCUCGCUAUCGUCUACCCAGCAAACGCCAUACCCAUGUCAAACUCGACAAGCGGUUUACGCACAUGCUGCACGACCAGGAAUUUUCCAGAAAUGCCGCUGUAGAUCGCUACGGACGAAAGCUAGCACAUGAUGACACUAAGAAAAAGCUCGAACGAUUUUAUCGCUUUGAGGAUGAGGAUGAGGAUGAAGAUGAAGAUGCCGAUGAUGUCAGUGUUGAUGAUGACGAUGAAGUUCUGAAAGAAUUGGAAAGGGCGGACAAAAAGCCAUAUGAUCCAGCGCGCGAUGGAGGGUUUUCUGAAUCGUCGUCGUCUGAGGAAUCAUCAAGUGAGGAGGAUGAUGAGGAGGAAGAAGACGGGCACGAGAAUCGUGCCGGUGAUGCCGAAUUCCCGGCUAAAAGUCAAUCUGAUGUCCCCCUCGGUGAAGUGACAAAUCGUCUUGCGGUAGUGAAUCUUGACUGGGACAAUAUACGCGCUGAGGAUCUCAUGGCUGUCUUCUCGAGUUUUGCGACUAGUGGUCGUAUCUCGCAAGUGUCGAUAUAUCCCAGUGAAUUUGGGAAAGAGAGAUUGGAAAGAGAAGAAGUAGAAGGACCCCCCAAAGAAAUUUUCGCAUCAUCCAAACAUGACGAGGACAAUCUAGAUGAUGACGAGGAGGAACUUGAAGAUUCCGAAGAGGAAGAAGAUAUCAAAAAGUCUAUUCUGAAGGAAGACCAAGGCGAGGAAUUUAAUACAACCCAAUUACGAAAAUAUCAGCUUGAACGGUUGCGGUAUUACUACGCAAUUAUUGAGUUUUCAUCUAAAGCGACUGCGAAGCAAGUCUACGACUCUAUUGAUGGCACGGAAUACCUCUCCAGCGCUAAUUUCUUCGAUCUCCGAUUUGUUCCUGACGACACUGACUUCUCAGAUGACAAGCCGAGGGAGCAAUGCCAGCGCAUACCUGACGGGUACAGACCUACAGAGUUUGUGACGGACGCUCUUCAACAUAGCAAGGUUAAGCUUACGUGGGAUACCGAGGACAAGGCCCGGAAGGAAGCACAAGCCAAAGCGUUCAGAGGUGGUCGGAAAGAAAUUGAGGAGAAUGACCUGAAAGCCUACCUGGCUAGUGACAGCUCCGAUGACGAGGAGGAAGGAGUUGAAGUAGUUGAUACCACCGUUACAGGCGGAUCGGAUUCGAAAAUGUCAAAGAAGGAGACGGAAAGACAGCGAAUGCGUUCUUUACUCGGUUUAAAAGAUGAACCUACUCGAUCAUCAUCGAAAAAAGAGAAAGAACCUGUGGGUGAUAUGGAGAUUACGUUCACAUCGGGCUUAGCCGGUGAACCGACUCGAGAAUCCGUCUUUGAGAAUGAGCCAAUCGUUGAAGAAACCACAGUGGAACGUUAUAUUCGCAAGCAAAGAGAGCGAAAGCAACGAAGAAAGGAGAAAUUCAAAGCAGCUAAGAGGGCUGAGAAGGCUGAGGAUGAUGAUGCUGAUGGUGACAAGGCUCAGCAAGAUGAUGCAGCUGAGGAAGAACUCGGUUUCGAAGAUCCUUUCUUCAACGAGCCAGAGGCUAAAGUGACAAAAAACCGUGGCAAAGAGGAGCGACGCAAGAAACGUGAAGAAAAAGCGGCCGAAGAAGCUGCGGCAGCUUCUAAGCGUGCUGAACUUGAGCUUCUGAUGGUAGAUGAUACAUCCACGGGAAUGAAGCACUUUGAUAUGAACGAGAUUGAAAAGGCAGAGAAAAGGGCGCGUAAAAAGGGAAAGAAAGGCAAGAACAAGCAGACAGACGAGCAAGCAGCUGGCGCGGACGACUUUCAGAUGGAUACCACCGAUCCUCGAUUCACCAAUCUGUAUGAUAGUCAUGAGUUCGCGAUCGACCCUACGAAUCCGAAAUUCAAGGCUACUUCGGGUAUGAAGGCGCUUCUUGAGGAGAGCCGCAAACGCCGCCGGAUACGCGACGACGCGAAUGAUGACGGACCUGUCGAGGAGUCCAAGAAGCGGAAGAAGGGCACUUCUAAGCGCGAUGAGUCUGCACAAGACGAAGACAUCCAGAAACUUCUAGCGCGCGUGAAGAGCAAAACGAAAAAGGCAUGAUAUCAUGUAUUCCAGGACUGGAAAAGUUGGAAUUACGGAGUUUAGGGCCGAUGGUGCUGGCUGUAUGCUGGUCUACAUGUAGAAUAAACUAAUGCCAUCAUGACAAUCCAAACUAGGGGCUUGUUAUAGAAUAUCAGCCAUGUAGUAGUG